AUGACAGGGGUUCUAAUUUUAAGACUACACUCGAGCCUUGACAGGGAGACGAGACAUAAGAGCAAACCCCAGAGGAGAACCAAUACACGGAAAGCAGGAGGAACACAACCCGCCCGAGGGAUAACAGAAGAAUUUGAGGGAGGUUCAGAGAAGGAGAAACGGGUGAAGGGAGUAGAUUAUAGAGCGAACAUCAGAACGAAGCCGUCCGAAGGGGAUCUCAAGAAGCACCCACCCGUACGGGAGGGGGGUCUAGGGAGCAGCUGGAGUUCCAAGGGUGCCAACCAAGGAUCUACGAGGGCACAAGCGCAGGGAGCAAGACGGGAGGUGGAUAAGAUUAGAAGUUCCACUCCCCCGAAUGUGAGUGAAGGCAGACGAGGAAUGCCAAGGGAACUCCUGUGGGAACGGGAGGACAGCCCCCCAGGGACACCACCCGGACGAUGGCCUCCACAGUCAAGGGCAGAAGGAAGGAAGGUCGAGCCAACCAAGAGCCAAGAUAAGGACCACAGAAUAAUGCAGCAGAUAGUCCUUCAAGGGAAGGGACUACGGAGGGGAACAAUUCGAGAAGGAGGUGGAAAGGAGACGGUGAAAGAAUCCCCCCUCACGGAAUUUAGAGAAUGGAGUUAUCGAAUUGAUGAAUUUCGAAGAGGGAAGGGAAAAAAGGGAAGGAGAACAAGACAACAAACUGGGAGGAGGGGCUUGAGGAUGGGAUUAGAUGCGGGGGAAGAGGAUCGAACAGCAAACACCAGAGAAGUGAGAAGGGAGAAGGGGGACGGAAGCACCCAAGGAGGCAAGGGGACUCUCAGGAAUAAAACCGAAGAGGAGUUAGACAUCUCCUUGGGAGGAAGUGAUCGAUCACCCCAACUCUACAACCGAGGACCGAACGAGCCGGUGGGAAAGGACAAUCGAGCCAGAAGCCCAAAGCCGAAGGACGGAAGGACGACAGGGAACGAGUAUUGA